UUGUUUUCUAAUUUUCAGGUGGAUGGUAUGUGCAAAACGUUUUCAAAAGUUUUGUUUUUAACUCUACCUUUCUGCUGUUAUAUUUCAGACUUCUACCUCUGCAUCUGUCCGGGAAGCCACCCUAACCUCACAACAUUCCUCACACCUCUUUCUUGAAAUUUCCUGUAAAAUUGCUCUUUACUAACCUUAAAACUACCCUUAACAUUGCCUACCCCUUCUCAAUGUUGUUCAAGACAGUGAGUCACGUCGAACUUACCUUGAACACUUCAAACUUCAAAAGGUUCCUCCUAUGUACAGUCCUUCCUCAGCAGUCGCUGAUCAGCUGUUCGCACCGCCCCCUUCUCACUAUCCCGCCGCAUCGCCAGGACCACGUGACUGUAACUGUUUUGCGCCGGCAGGCAAGGGAGGGAAGCUCAAGAAGAUGGCCGGCCCCGCCAUCCUGAUCAUGGUGAUGGCUGCCUACAAGCUGGCCAUGAUGAUGGCUGGCGUGGCCAUGCUCUCCGGCAAGGCGCUCAUCGUGUCCAAGGUGGCCCUGACCCUGGCCGGCGUCGCGGUCCUCAAGAAGCUGCUCUCGCACCACGACCACGAGAAGACCACAGUGGAGAUCGUUAAGUCCCCGCAGGUACGACGCAGGGUGUCCCACUCGCACUCCUACUCGAACGCGCACGAGGGCGAGGAGCAGAACUACCACGACAAGUCGUGGUCCGUGGGGCCCAUGGCGGGCGGCUACUCCCACCGCAGCAUGGUGGACGACGCGGCGGACGCGCAGCAGGGCGGCAGCCCCUACCUCCUGCCGCAGGACGUGGCCUCCAAGCGCGACUACCGGGCCGCGGUCGCGGCGCCCGCCACCCCCAUGAACGGCUUCGUGACGGGGCGCGGCGUCGAGACGCUGUCCAUCCGCAGCCACGACCCCCUGCGCAUCGUGGUGAACGACGUCGCCGAGGAGGACCUCCGGGUGCACCACCGGCAGCGCGGGCUGGACAUGCCCAUCCUCCCCGGACCGGCCUCCGCGGCGCUCGGCUUCACCGAGGAGCCCAUCGACUACUCGCAGUUCGGAGAGGCCGACCGGGGGGCGUGGAGGGGGCUCGGAUCAUCGUUCAUGCCUGCAAGCGACAGAUCCCUGAGGUCCGCACCCAGCUCCGAGCAGCAGGAGAGGGCCGUGGACGGCGCCGUCAACGAGGAGGCCAGCAACAACUACCAGCCGCGAUCACUCGGCUCCCUCCCGGCGCCAGCAGCGUAACGAGUACAACACCGUGUAAUGUUUUUUUUGUAAGAAAAUAGGGUUUUAAACUGAGAGAAACUGUAAAAAAGACUUGCCGUUGCAUGGGGCGUUUGAACAAAAAUUCUCAACGUUAGGGUAGGAUAUUUGGUUUCUAAUGGGGGAAGUAUUUUUGUGCAGACCCCCCAACUUUCCCAGUCAGACAUGUUAUGAUGCCAUGUAAAUAGCCAGUAGAAAGUAGUCGGAUCACUUGUCACAUGACUGAAGUGACUUGCCGUUCCUGCUGUUCAGCACAUUUUAUUUAUUUU